UUCGAAUGGUUGGUUGGUUGUGUUUUGAUAGCCAUUGGCUGGGUGAGUGUGCUGCGGUGGCGUUCGCUCGUCUGUCGUCACAGUCCACAUCAACAAAACAAACCUUUCGCGUCACCACUCCAUCUCCAGAUAUAGCAGACUACAGCGAUUCAGUGCAUCGCGGCGAGUAUUAAGCGCGUGUUGUACAUUUAAUAUACGGCGAUCGGUGAGCGUACGGAGAUUACCACCUAAAUUUAUAACAGCCAAGAAAAAGAAGAAAAAAAAAUUUUUCGUUGUUGUCUACAACUCUUUGUUGCAAACAAAACAUUGUAAAUUAGCAUUUAAAUGUUUUGUGAUUCAUUGCAAUUCAGUUUAAAUUGCUUCGGUUUGAAUUAAAAUUUUUAAGUGUCAAUUCAAUUGUUGGCGUUGUUGUGCUUAAUUGUUUAUAGUAUUUGUUAUUGUUUCGCAUUGCUGUUGUUGUUGUUGUGUGCAUGGAUCAAGAUUAGCUUGAAUUCCAUUCACAACUAGAAUGUUGUUAAUGUGAAAUGCAGUGGAAAUACCAGAAGGCAUAAAUAAUUACGACGUCAGUUAGACUGACAUCGAUCGGCGCGGCUUGAACGGGCAACUUUAAGGCAACGCUUUGUCUGCUAUUCUUUCGACAGGCGCCUCAAGCAAAAUGCCUUUUUUCUAGCAGAGAGGGGAGAUUUAAUUUCCUUAGCUCACUCCUCUCCUUGUUUUAUUUCAUUUUAUUCAUUCAUUUCGAGGAUGAAAAGAAAUUGAAUGGAACAAAAGCAAGGUCCGUUAAACAAUAAAAUGAAUAACAACAGCAAUUAAACAAUUCAGAUACUGCCUUUAACAACAACUACAACAACGGUAACAAUUGGAAGAAAAGGCCAUGCAGAUUGUUGGUCAAACGGAAUAAUCUUCUCAACUCCCGCCAAACAAUAUCCAGAAAAUUGCGUUUUAAUCCAACAGAAAACUAUAUUUAAGCCACAUCCAGUGGUGCUCAAGAAAUCAACAGAGACACGUAGAAAUUCUCAUAUCACCACUACCGGGAAGUGCAGUGGAAAUUUAAAUAUAUUUUGUACAAACGUUUACUUACGAUAUGGCCGGUUGCUGUGACACAACACUGGCCGCAAUAAUGAAAUGGCGCAUAGCGUUGAUAUAUCGAUGAUCUCGCCACCAACAUCGUCUUCCAUAUCCAACGAUCAGGAUCCAUUUGGACAAUUGCCACCGCUGUUACCGCCACUGCGUUCAACACAAGUCUUACAACCUUUAACGGUAUUUCCAGUGUCCAAUUUGAGUGAAGAUUCAUAUGACUAUGUGUUUGGUGGUCGACGCAAGACUCCGCCUUCUACAACAGCACUUAAGUUGACCUCGCCUCCAGUAAGAUUGAGACCAGAGGACGCCUAUACAAAUACACGCAACAGUGGUAGUGGUGGUUUCGCUAGUUCAAAUACAAAUAACGGUACUACAGCUGGUCGUCUUUAUCGUCAUUCCUUCAGUUAUGUACCAAAACGUUCUCGUCACUCACAAAACGAACGUGAACGGAAUGCAAAUUACGAAUCGAGAUUAAGAUGUCAUGGCGAAGAUGAAGCAACCCUGCGGCAACUGCUACUUGAUUUGCAAAAGCAAGUUAGCGUGAUGAGCAUGAAUCUUUCGGCUAAAUUAGAUGAGCUUCAGAGAGGCGAUCGUCACUUGGAGACAACAGUCGCCUUGUGUGAAAUACGAACACAGCUACAGGAAUUAACCAAAUCCGUGGAAAGUUGUCAAAGUGAAGUGUCCGAGGUUAAGCGUGACAUGGUUGCGAUCAAACACGAACUGGACACAGUACAACAAGUCAAAGAGGAAAUCGAGGAGCUACGCGAAUAUGUUGACAGAUUGGAAGAGCACACGCACAGAAGGAAGCUAAGACUUUUAGAACAAGUUUGUAGCUUAAAUUAUUUGCCAUGUUGUGGUCUUACCUUUUUCCUAACAUACUCAAUAUUUUCGGCGGUAUUGGGUAUGUUACAGUUCGGUUACAAUACCGGUGUGAUAAAUGCGCCCGAAAAGAAUAUCGAAAACUUUAUGAAGGAUGUGUACAAAGAUCGUUUUGGCGAAGAUAUCAGCGAAGAAUUUAUACAACAGCUGUACUCGGUGGCAGUGUCAAUAUUUGCCAUCGGUGGUAUGCUGGGCGGUUUCAGUGGCGGUUGGAUGGCGAAUCGCUUCGGAAGAAAGGGUGGUUUAUUAUUAAAUAAUGUUUUGGGUAUAACUGGUGGCUGUUUAAUGGGUUUUACCAAAGUUAGUCAUUCCUAUGAAAUGUUAUUCCUUGGCCGUUUUAUAAUUGGUGUUAAUUGCGGUCUCAAUACAUCAUUAGUGCCAAUGUACAUUUCCGAAAUUGCCCCUCUGAAUUUAAGAGGCGGCCUAGGUACUGUUAAUCAAUUGGCUGUGACUGUAGGUUUACUAUUAUCCCAAGUAUUGGGUAUUGAACAAAUUUUAGGAACCAAUGAUGGCUGGCCUAUUCUAUUGGGCCUGGCCGUGUGUCCUGCAGUUUUACAAUUAAUCUUACUGCCGGUAUGUCCAGAAUCUCCUAGAUAUCUGUUAAUUACCAAACAAUGGGAGGAAGAAGCUAGAAAAGCACUCAGACGUUUACGUGCCUCAAGUACCGUCGAUGAAGACAUCGAAGAAAUGCGUGCCGAAGAGCGUGCCCAACAAUCCGAAAGUCAUAUAUCCACAAUGGAACUGAUAUGUUCGCCCACACUCAGAGCCCCUCUGAUCAUUGGCAUUGUCAUGCAGCUAUCGCAACAAUUCAGUGGUAUCAAUGCUGUUUUCUAUUACUCAACAUCACUGUUCGUUAGUUCGGGGCUAUCGGAAGAAAGCGCCAAAUUUGCGACAAUAGGCAUUGGUGCUAUCAUGGUGGCGAUGACAUUAGUUUCUAUACCUCUGAUGGAUCGAACCGGUCGCCGUACUCUUCACCUGUAUGGCUUGGGUGGCAUGUUCAUAUUCUCGAUAUUUAUAACAAUAUCGUUUUUAAUAAAGGAAAUGAUCGAUUGGAUGUCCUAUCUGUCGGUGGUAUCCACACUGGGCUUUGUCGUCUUCUUUGCGGUGGGUCCCGGCUCAAUACCCUGGAUGAUAACGGCCGAACUAUUUUCCCAAGGCCCCCGGCCCAGUGCCAUGGCCAUAGCGGUGUUGGUAAAUUGGAUGGCCAAUUUUGUGGUUGGCAUUGGAUUCCCCAGUAUGAAGACUGCUUUGGAAAACUAUACAUUCUUACCGUUUAGUGUAUUCUUAGCCAUAUUUUGGAUAUUCACCUACAAGAAGGUUCCUGAGACCAAAAAUAAGACAUUCGAAGAGAUUUUGGCUCUCUUCCGUCAUGGAAAUGGAAGGAGUACGCAAAACUUCACAAAUAGUUCGGAGCCACAAAGCAUGAAUUCGGGCAUCGAACAUGCCGCCCUCAUGGUGUCUGAGGAGAAAACCCAACAUGAUUCACUCUUUGGUACAACUUCAUUUUCAUUAACGGUUGAAGGCAUGGGUCCAUAUCCGUUAAGUGAUAGCACCAAUCUGUUGGGGCCCACAACAAGUUUGGCCCCAAAUGCUGCGUGUUAUACGAACUACGGUACCAACAUCCAUACACCGGUCCCAACACGAAAAUGUUACUAUGAUUAUUAUGAUCGGGAUAAUUUUCGUCGUCAUUCGGCUCACGGAAGAAUCUAUGAAAAAGAUAUUGUAUGUGAUGAGUCUCAAAUGCACCAGCACCAUCAGCAGCCGCAACAACCGCAACAGCCGACAUCAAAGCAGCACAGCGAGCACUGGCAACAAAGCAACACCAACACUGCGACCACCACCACUUGCACCGCCGACUAUUCACUGCCGUUUAAUGCAAGCGAUUCGCAAACACCGCAACAACAACAACAGCAUCGCCACCAACACAUGCCACGAAAACAAUCUGCGCAUGGACACAGUCACAGUCCACAUCCAAGUCGUCAUACCUCCCCGCACAGUCGUCACACAUCUCCACACAGCCGGCAUACAUCACCCCAUAGCCGACACACUUCACCUCAUAGCCGUCAUACUUCACCACAUAGCCGUCACACCUCUCCACAUAGCCGUCAUACCUCUCCACACAGUCGCCACACCUCACCCCAUGGUGCUGGAGGACAUGGUCAUAGCCACAGUCAUGGACAUUCUCAUUCCUCACCACAUCAAUCAACUCAUCAUCACCUGCAUGAUCAACACCAACAAAAUGGCCACGAUGCACCGGAACCAUUUGUACGCAACAGUGCUCUGAGAGCCUCGGUGAGGAGUACCUCUUCCCACAUGCAUGCCCGUCAUCACUCCCAUCACCACCAUCGCAGGCGUAAACCACUUACGAAUGGAGCGGGCAAUAACGAUGCAGACAUCCAGCAGCAUCAUCACGAUGGCCCAACACACUCCGCUCUUCGCACUCAGACGCACACAACACACACAUGCACCCGUCGCCAUCGCUCGGUAACCGACCUAUCCAAUGCAUCGCUAAACACCUGUAACGAUCCGACCUGCACUGAUCGUGAGGUUCAAGAAAUUUUCGUACACAAAUCCGCAGCCUGUUGCUCGGGUUCAAGGCCUGAGUUAGCUCAAUAUUUUGCCGAGGAUUUGUAUGGCACCUCAUCGCGCCGGCCAUCGUCCUGCUGCACUUCUUCCGACUAUUGCUACCAAACCGAUUCAACCAGUCUCUAUGGUUCGCGUUCCUCCCUGAGUCGCAACAAUUCCGUCAAAUCGGCCUCGGUCACUCUGCGAAAGAAGAAAAUAAGCCAACAGCGUCAACCCAGCUAUCACUCAAUCUCGCUGCGGGCCCUCAAUGCCGAGUCACGGCCUGACAGUAAUAUGGGCUCCUUAGCCUCCAUAUUCGAUCGUGCCAAACAAUAUGCCGAGACUGGUGAGAAACUACACGGCUCCGCUUCCAAGGUAACUAUAGAAAGACAAACUUCGAAAGAUGCUUUAAGUAAUGACCUACCUGAAUAUGCUUGUUCUCCCUCCCCGAUAAGGUGGAGUUUCCUGGCUGAUGGCAAAAAUGACAAAGACGCUGGCGACUCGACCCAAUCGAAAGCCGAAACCGCUGAGAGAAAUGGAGCCAAAUCAAAGCCGCCCGAACAUAAACGGGCUGCUGAUAAGCAGCAGCAGCAGCAACAACACUCCUCCUCGUCCCAGCAAUAUCACUAUCAACAGCCCAUCAAGCCAGAACGAGGCCGCAAGGACCACCGGACGGCUGGACAACCCCAGAAACCGCCAAGAUCUCAAUCUCAGCAUCGUAAAUCCAUAGCCUCCGACGAUGUCAGGCCAUCGACAUCAUCGCGAAAAUGUUGUGACAGUCCUUGCAAGUACGAAGAGUCGACCAUGGUCCAGUUCCAUCAGGAUGCUGAGGCCUUCAACAACUGUUGCAGCAAUUACAUACAAUGCAACACGUACUUGGAUCAGGAUCUGCAAAUCACCAGUGAGGAUAUCCAUCACUAUCUGGCCAAGGGUCAACAGGAUGUUGGAAAUAUAUUGAACAAUACCAAGACGUAUCCCUUCCAGCCGAGCAAUGCCUUGGAGUUCCAAUACAAGAAUAAUUUUGCCAAUAACAACACUGCCACCAACACCUUGUCUUCGGUGGAGGGGGCCGAAAGCAUGCGCAGCUAUGACAGUCGUUAUCGCCGCAACUCCAGUAAGGAGACAAAUCUUAAUCAAAACACAUCCACAUCUGAGAGUUGUGCAGGUGGAGCAGGUUGUCCCUCGGCAAACUUCAACCAGCAACCCUUGUCGGCGGCCAACAUCAACUUAUCUUCGAGCACAAAUAAUAUAAAUAUCGUUUUCAGUACCUCCACAGAGCGCAAUACCAAUGAGGUGAAGUUCAUCAAUACCACGUCGCGCACUGCUACUUCAAUGAUGACAUCGGAUAGCUCUUAUCUGCCAUACAGUUAUCCAACGUACGACUACACCAACAUGUCGGCCAACUCAACGUUCGACAAACCCUUGGGCAUCGAUGAAAUACCCGCAAACAUGAAUCGGGGUGAUGAAGCCAACGGCGGUAAUACAUCGUCCAGUCAGCACUCCUCAUCGUUGCAUUCGCCCGAACCACGAGGCGUGUCAUUUGAAUCAUUCGAUGCUGCUUCGGGUCACAAUUUGAUUUCAUCACAUCGCGGCAGUUGCCAGUAUUCACCCACAACACCACGCUCACCCAUAUCGCCCGGUUCGCCAGCUUGCUCCUCCACCUAUUCGGCUUCGAUAAAUCCUUCGACAACAUCCUAUGUACAUUUGCAGCAGCAUCAUCCUCACUAUGACUAUCCGCCGGGCAUUCAGCGGUCGCAUGUCCACUCUCACACGCAUUCACAUCACUCGCAUCAUCAUCUACACGAUCAUCAUUUGCGUGAAAGUUUCAAGAUAAGCAAUGCUUUGAAGAAAGUGCGCAAGCGGGCACGUAAAUAUACCGACUUUUUGCGUAAGAAAUGAGCGAGUGAGAGGGAGUGUUAAAGCACAACAAAAAAAAAAAAAGAGAUGAGAGAGAAGUUCA